UCUCUGCGAGGACGUGAAGAGACAGAAACGAAACUGAAGGGAAGACUAACGCAGUAAACCGAUACUGGAUACUGAAAAAAGGAGGUGCCCAGAUCUCAUGAUUCGCAAGACUACUAUAAAUAUUGGCACAUCCUUCCUUGUUAUUGUAAUACGAUAACAGGCUAAAAAUUUUGAAUACACAUAAUUAAAACGGAGAAAAGUAUGAUCUUGAUAUUAUAGGAAUAAAACAUGGUAUAAUCUCCCACUUUCUAUUCUUUUGUUUUCACGUGACGUGAAACGGUACGUGUGUGGAUGAAAUAAUCAAAACUUUCCUACAUUAUUGAUCCCGGUGCCGAGAUGAAAUGACUGCACUGAUAAUCAGCUGAUUCACCAGUUCAGGGAAUAUGCUGCAACCACCAAAAACCAAGGGCCUCCUGUUUAUAUUGCUACCUCUCAUGGUGCCUAUUGCUUUUACAUGUAAUGGUGUAGAGCUAUAGAUCGCUACACAAGCAACAAUGCCCGCACAUCCAGGUGGCUCCCUCCUCAAUGAGCUUUUACAGACCUACGACUUGCAAGCAGCUUGUUCCCUGUGUGCCAAGAGGGAAAAUGAAAUCACUUACUCCUUCAAUAAAGUGCACCAUCAGUGCAAUGGGGAUGUGCUUCUGGUCAGACGGAAAGGUUCCGGGUGGUGGAGACCAGUGUCCCGCCGACCUCAUUUCGUGAAUCCAAGCAAGUAUGAAGUGUGCCGCUAUUUCGUGGAGGGAUCAGGCUGCAGGCACCACAAGAACCGCUGUACUUUCGCGAGAAGUCAAGAGGAGGCAGCGGUGUGGAACUUUCAGAAACGGCGCCAAGUUGAUCAGAGCUCUCUGAUGCGGUUGGUCAAGGAGACGAAGAUGACCGCCAUCGAAAGAGCCAUCGUCCCGACACCAAGCGUGGCAGAGGGCAUCCUGUCUGAGUUCUCGGGGGAGUUCAAGGAGCUUUGCCAAACCUGCUUCUACAGCAAACCCCAAACAGUUGCUCCCAAAAGGUGGAACAACACCUGCUCGUCCCCAGCGGCCCACAAAUGGACACCCCUCUUGGUCCACCUCCAGGUGGAAGGGUGGAAUAAGAAAGUGUAUAAUGAGAUACGCCACCAUCCUCCUCACCGCACCCUGCGGUACUGCCCGCACAUCACCCAGGGUUCGCCAUGUUGGCACGGGUCUCUGCGCUGCUCGUAUGCUCACAGCGAGGUGGAGAUGGCCGUGUGGAAGGCAGAGAUUGCUGGGCAGCUGAAUCGCAAAGAUCUGGUCCAGCUGUCCCAGAGGAGACAGGCCAUAGCCCCAGACCCGACCCCAGCGCCUCCGCCGGUUCAGAUCUACUGUAAGGUUUGCCUGUUGACUUUUUCCUCACAAGAAAGCUUCAUAAACCACUGUUCGUCUCUAGAGCAUACUCAGAUGAUCAGUGAGGACACCACCACGGAGUGGAAAUACCGUUCCCCACCCCAUCAGCGCAAACAAGAGUUUGUGCUCUGUGACAGGCCCGACACCUGUGAAUACGGUGACAGCUGUGUGUAUGCGCACUCAGUGGAGGAGAGGGAGGAGUGGUUUAUGCGGACCAAGGAGGCCCGAGAGAAAAGGAGAACUUUGGAAGAGCAGGGCUUGCUCUCAUACCAGGACCUCCUGCUGAAGGAGUACAGGAGCAGCAGCAACGAAGUGCACAUUAUGUCUGACCAGGUGGAUGAUGUCCACAUUACGUGUGACAAGGAACUGAGUCUUUCAUGUGAACGGGCAGACACAGAGCUCAAAUGGAAAUUUCAUCUUAGAACUGAGAGACCCCUGGUGCACGUCGCCUUGCUGAAACAUGAACAAGGAGCCGUUUUUACUCUGGGUGACAUCGGUCCUGAAGGCCCUUGUACUUACGGCACAGGGAACACGUUCUGCACAUCCCACAUGAGCUGCGACGUCCCCGUCACUUUCAAAUCUCUCAGCCCGGGCUUCUACGAGCAGUGGGUGGUGUUCGACUUUGACAUGAGACCCGUGCUGCUGCAGAAGCUCCGGGUGCGAGUGGGUCAGCGGAGCCCGACUCCCCCUGCGGAGACGCCCGAGGGCAGCGGGCCCUGUGGCCAGAGCCUGGAGCGCUGGCACCGUGGAAACAGGAUGAUCGUGCCCUGCCUGGAGAGGACUGAGGCAGAGGAGAGUCUGCUGAAGGAGUACAAGCCGCCUCAGCUGAACCUGCGGUACAAACCCAGAGCAGAAGGAACUGAGCCCCUUACGAGGGAGAACUACAGAGACGGAAUGCACUCCUUCCUCUACAGAGAAGAGCUGGCCCAGGAGGAGGUGGCCUCAAGACUGAGUCUACAAGGGCCUGUCUCCCUGACUGAAAUCCUCUCGGCGUCCCAGUUUGGGAUGAAGAUCGCUCCUGCUGGUGAGCUUUUUGCCACGCUCUCCAUUCCUUACGCACUGACCACUGACACUCCCGAGGGCUAUGUGCUCAGAAGAGCAGUUCGAUCGGCUCUUAUAGCUCCCUUUCCAGCGAAUAACAACAAGGUCUUCGAAGCAAUAAUUGUCCAGGAUGCUAGCAGUGAAAACAAGAUCCAUCUACAGCUUUCCAAGCGGUGCUGCUCAGACCUCGGUCUCCUGAAGGACACAACCCGCGAGAUGGAGGUCCAGUUUCAGCUGAACCGUCUCCAGUUCUGCGAGUGGCAUCAGGCUGUCGACCUCCUUCCAGAUGUGGGCAUAGUGCUGCCAGAUGUGACGGCCUGCUCUGUGCCAGUGCACAGCGGGACAUUCUCCAAGCUCAAUGCAAAGCAGAGCGCAGCCAUGGCUUACAUCAUUGGGGACACAGAUGGAGAAAAACCUGUUGCUCCACUACUGAUUUAUGGACCUUUCGGGACUGGAAAAACUUUCACACUGGCGACAGCAGCCAAGGAAGUUGUUCGUCAACCCAGCACCAAAGUUCUUAUCUGCACCCAUACAAACAGCUCUGCUGAUUUAUAUGUGAAGGACCAUUUCCAUUCCUAUGUCAACUCUGGACACCCUGAAGCAUUACCCCUGAGAGUCAAGGCAAAUAAAAAAGGAGUGCCUCUGGGCGCCACCGAUGACAUUACCUUAAAAUACUGCUUGCUUUCAGAAGAUCGCGAGUCUUUCAAAUUCCCAGACAGGAAGACAUUAGACUCUUUCAGGGUUGUCAUAACAACAACAGUGUUGGCCAGUUAUUUCCAGCCCCUGAAGCUCCCUCCUGGCUACUUCACCCACAUCCUGAUAGACGAAGCCUCCCAGAUGCUGGAGUGCGCUGCGCUGAUGCCCCUGGCUCUGGCUGGGAAGGGGACCCGAGUGGUGCUCGCUGGAGACCACAUGCAGAUGGGCCCCAAGCUGUUCUCAGUGGAAGAGGGCCGGCACUCUGACCACACUCUGCUGAAUCGCCUCUUCCACUUCUACCAGGGGGAGAAGCACGAGGUGGCCUCGAGAAGCAGAAUCAUCUUCAAUGAGAACUAUCGCUCCACGAGAGAGAUAGUGGAGUUUGUGUCGACUCACUUCUAUGUAGGGAAGAGUGAUGCCAUCAAAGCUGUUGGAAAUGUCCCUACUCAUCCUCGGGUCCAUCCACUGAUGUUCCACCAUGUCCGCGGGAGUUCCCAUUUGGACACUACAACCAUGUCCUGGUUCAAUUCUGAGGAGAUUGCUCAAGUAGCAGAAAUAGUGCAGAGUGUGCUCAAAGACUGGCCCUCUCAGUGGGGAAAUCCUCAACAACAGACUGUUUGUGUUCUUUCUGAGGGGACCCAGGUUGGUCUUAUGAGAAAAGAACUGCGGAAAAGAUACUUGGGCAGAGUGUCGGUGGAGAAUUUGGGAAACGUACAAGGGAGGCAGUUCAGAGUAGUCGUGAUGACGACCAUUCAGACCCGAGACAGCCUGCUGUCUUUGAGCUCAGCCGCUCUGGAGUUCUUCAACGAGCCGCGGGUGCUGAACACUGCCAUGACCAGAGCGCAGUCCCAGGUCAUCGUGGUUGGAGAUGCGGCAGCUCUGUGCUACUUCGGGAAGUGCUCUAAGAUCUGGAGGAGCUACAUAGCGCAGUGCAUCGAGAAGGGCAGUGCUUUCCCACAGCACCUCACCAUGGAGCACAUUGACCAAGAAGUGGUGGAGAUUGCACGGUUUGAUAAGGAUGAGGAGGACACUAGCAGUGAUUCUGAGUCUGUCAUAUCAGAAGUGAUUACGAGCACAGAUGAAAUACUGCAGGAGCUGAUGGAUGACUGCAGUGAUGUGCCCUUUGAGACCUCAGAAGAAGAGUCUACGGAUGAUACAGAAAAUGUUAACCGACCCAUGAAGAUGUUUCAUUCUGAUCCAGAGAAAGAGGCUUCAUUGGAGAGUUUACUGAAGAAACAACCAAACAAGUACAAAACUGGGGAAAUUGUAAUAGAAAAGUAUGAUCGGGCUUACGUCAUGGUUUCUGAUAACCCAGCUGUGCAUAUCAGAAUCAAUGGGAGGAGGAACAUGGGCAAGACCUUUUCUGGGGAUGAGGUUGUUGUGGAAAUUACCAAUGAAAACGGAUCUGUCUUUGGGAAGGUGAUGGGAAUUCUCAAGAAGUCUGAGAAGUCCAGAGUGUUUGUUUGCACCUUUGAAGAUGUAGAUUUAAAGAAGCAUAAAGACGGCAAAGACUUUGUCACUCAGGUCAUGAUACCUGUAAACAACAGUGUCACCAAAAUUCGCACCCUAUGUUGCAAGAACAACCGUAACCGAGUUCCAAUUUUUAAGUUUGAAGAUGGGAGAUGGAAGGCAGUUAAGUACCAAACAUUCAAUGAACAGUCUAAGAGAAUGCACGUAUUUGUUGUGGAGAUUGUGGGAUGGAAAGAGCACUGUUGCUUUCCUUUAGGUUUCAUCACAGAGGUCCUAACUAUAGGAACAUCUUUAGAUGAAGGGCUAAAGGUUCUUGAUGCAGAAUUUGAUGUAAGGCAACACAUUCCUCAGCCUGUCUUGAAUGAAUUAGGAAAGUGCAGUGAAUCCAAAACUGACAAAGAAAAAAGGCAUGAUUUUCGAAAUUACCAAACUUUUACCAUUGAUCCACGAAAUGCCGAAGAUCUAGAUGACGCGCUCAGUGUUAGGGACUUAAAUACCCACUAUGAAAUUGGAAUUCAUAUUACAGAUGUGGCAAGUUGUGUUCCCAUGGAUGGAGACUUAGACAAUUAUGCCAGAGAACGUGGAGCUACAUACUAUCGCCCAGGCAAAGAGCCACUUUACAUGUUCCCCCCAUCACUCAGUACGAAACUAUGCAGCCUUUUGCCUUACUGUAAUCGCAGGGCAAUAUCUUUGAUUCUUGAAGUAGAAAAGGACACAGACAGAAUUGUGAAGAGCAGUUUUGUGCUGUCCCACAUAAACUCCAACAAACAGUUUUCUUACGAUGAAGCAGAAGUCAUUAUAAGAGAACGUUACAAGAAGGAAGACUAUGGGUUUGGAACUUCGGAGGACUGCCUGCUAGUCGCUUAUCACUUUUCCAGAGUCCAUAGAAAGGCCAGGCUUCAAGAGGACUGGAGCUACGAUCAGCCUGAUGACUACAGAGCCCCAGGGAAGAGGAGAGCCCAUCAGAUGAUUGAAGAACUCAUGAUUGUGUUCAAUAGCUCUGUAUCUGACUAUUUGAUUAACAAAGAUUUAUCAAAGUAUUUAACUCCUUUGAGAUGUCAGAAAGGCCCAAAGGUUGAGGAGUUAAAUGACUUUCGAAAGAAAUACAAUGACAUAAUACCAAUGUCUGAGCACUUAACUUACCAUAUAGGCUGUGCUCGGCGAGCUGCAGUUGAAAAAACCUUUUGUGUACUAACGUCCACAUGGAAAAGGCUACAGAGUGCAGCUGAGAAGAGAGAUUUUGACAAGAUAACAGAUUUGAUUUCUACCGAUGAUAUCCACCCACAGCUGCUGCCUGUGAUAUUACACUUCAGGAGGUUGCUUGGCAAAGCUUAUACACUUCGCUCCAACUCCAAACCUGAAUCAAAGGUUGGACAUUAUUCCCUGCAGCUAGACUCCUACACCCAGGCUUCCUCACCUCUUCGACGUUACAUGGACGUGAUAUUGCAGAGGCUGCUCCAUGCGACUCUCAGUCAGACUCCGGUUCAAUACUCACCACAGGAAAUUGAUAUAUUGUGUGGAAAGAUUGUUGAGAAGAAUGAAAAAGCCAAUGACUACCAAAAGAAGGCUGAAAUAAUUUGUCUUGCCAUGAACCUGAGAAAACAAAGCACACAGAAGCUGGCAUUUGUUGUGGAUGUUGACCCAGAUGGUGACAAUUUCAAGGUGUCAUUUCCUUUUGACAAAACCGCUUUAUCAGAGAAGUACUCCAUUAUGUACAGGGACUUGCAAUUAGAAGACCAGCCAGAGUUCGAUAAGGACAAAGAGUGCAUGAGUCUGGGAUGGCGCAGAAGGGUUUACUCCACUGACACCACCAAGACCCAUCUCGAGCUGCAAAGACUGCUGCAGAAUUGUCCAUGCACCGGCCACCUCCCUCAAGAGAGGUGGCAGGACAUCAUUCAAGCUCUCAAGAAGGAAGACUGGAAAAGAGUCUGCUCUCUCUUGAUGAACACAAAGUUGGAUCAGAGCGACAACAGACACAUAUCAAAAUCUGUCUUUCGUGAUGGCUUUGAAGAAUCUGAGAAGAAGUCCGAGUCUUCCAAAAUGAAUACUUCAGAUUCUGAAAAGUUCCGAAAACGGACUGAUAAAUUUGAACAUGAGCACUUUGUUAAGCUGCCCUUCAGUCUGAAGCCUGGGGACACUCUACAAGUCCAGUUAACUGCUGAAGUAAAACGUGGUUUUUAUAUGCCUGCUGUGCAGCUACUGAAUGUCAGUCCACAAUUUGAAGUGUGCCUAGAACAUGCUCGUGAUCCCAGUACAUGUUUCUCUGGAGGUGCAAAGAAUGCAGCCAAAAAUUUCUAUGAUGACAGUGAGGACUAUAUGAAAAUCUGGAGGCCACUGUGUGAAAUGGAAUCUGCCUCUACAGCAGUGGAGGAUAGUGACAGUAUAAUAAUUGAAGAUAUGGAGAUGGACUUUAAGAGGGAUGUUAAGAGCAUAGAAGGAACCUUUUUUCUUCCUUUAGACUGCAAAAAAGCAUGGGCUAUUGAAUGUGAUCUCAGGAAGUGCUUCUUGUGUAUUCGAAAAAGAAGUUUAAAGCAGGAAUGUCCUUCAGGAGAUGAUGAGCAGGUGGACCCAGGCUGUUACACAUGGGUGGCCCAUGGUAUCACUAAAUACGCUAUAGAACCUAAGGAUGGCUCAAAAAACAAAGCUGUACAGGUUGGUUUCUACCUCAACCAUAUCCUCAUAGAGAACAUCCCAACUUGUGUGUUCCAGAAGAAAACAAAAUUCACAGUGGAGCUGAUCCCCAAACUCCUUCCAGAUGUACGCAAAGAAACUGCUGUGAACAGCCUCAAAUGUGCAAAUGAACUUGUUCAGAAGAUAGCACUUGGACACAGGAUUCCCAGAGCAAGUGAGGAAUCUGUAAUCCCAAAAAGGGAAAUCAUGAGACAAGACCCUCCCCAUGGUCUCCCAAGACUGAAUGAGAGUCAAAACAAUGCAAUAGAAGAGGCGCUGAAAAAUCAAUUUACUCUCAUCCAGGGCCCACCCGGAACAGGAAAAACAGUGGUAGGCGCCUACAUCGUGUACUGGUUCUUCAAGCUGAACCAUAAGACUCCCAGACUCAUCACAGACCCCGAGGAGAGGAAGAAGAAGGAAGUCAUUCUGUACUGUGGCCCUUCCAACAAGUCUGUCGAUGUGGUUGCUGAGUACCUGCUUAAAUUUGGGGAGGAGAUGAAGCCACUGAGGGUGUACAGCCGACAGAUGGAGAUGCUGGAGUACCCUUACCCUGGCAGUAUCCUGCAGCUCUCGCCCAAGUCACUGCGGCAGGAGAGAUCCAAGCCAGAACUCAGGUCCAUUACUUUACACCACCGCAUAAGAGAGGAGGAAAAUCCUUUCUCGACGGAAAUAAAUACCUUUGACAUAAGGAUUCAGAACGGGGAGGACCUGACAGAUGCUGAAAUCAAUACAUACAAGGAUGUUCUCAACAAGGCUCGACUGUAUGAACUGGAGCGCCAUGAUGUCAUUCUGUGCACCUGUACUGCUGCCUCCACCCCAAACCUCAUCCAGAAAGUCAGUGCGCGGCAGAUUCUCAUUGACGAGUGCGCCAUGGCAACAGAGCCUCAGGCCCUGGUCCCAUUGGUCAGCCAUAAACCUGAGAAGAUCGUGCUGCUUGGUGAUCAAAAACAGCUGCGUCCCAUCGUGAAGAACAAGAUGGCCCAAAAGCUGGGCAUGUCCAAGUCUCUGUUUGAGCGCUACAUGCGCCGAGCCGUGAUGCUUGAUACCCAGUACAGAAUGCAUAAAGACAUUUGUGAAUUUCCAUCUUUGGAGUCCUAUGAGGGCCGUUUGAAGACAGCAGUACAGCGUGAGACAAGUGUCUUUCUGGAUAACUUCAAUAAGAGUGCCCAGACACUUUUUGCACACAUCGUGGGAGAGGAGAUAAGCCUGGUAGUGUCCACUGAGAAAGGAAACGAAAACUCCAAAGCCAACAUCGGAGAAGUUAACCAGGCUGUGCACAUGGCUGAGCUCCUGAUAAAUUACUCCAACAUCUGCCCAGAAAGCAUUGCUAUUCUCACACCUUACAAUGCUCAGGUUUCGGAGAUCAAGAAAAGACUAAACAGAGCAGAAAUGAAAAAAAUUACAGUAAGCACUAUCACAAAGAGCCAAGGAAGCGAAUGGCGCUAUGUGAUCUUGUCAACAGUGCGCUCCUGUCCUGAUUCGGAGAUUGAGACUGAACCCAGCAAGGGCUGGCUCUCCAAAUACGUGGGAUUUGUUGGCGACCCCAACCAAGUCAAUGUGGGCAUCACACGAGCCCAGGAAGGACUGUGUAUCAUAGGGAACCAAAAAUUGCUGAACUGCAGUACUGCCUGGAAGCACCUGCUGAAGCAUUACACAUCCCGGGGCUGGGUUAUAAACGCAGAGACCUUCUCCGUGCGCAGAAGGUGACGCAAAUGAAGACGGGCUUUGGGCAUCCUUCUGCUACACAUAGUGCAUGUUGUGCACUGAGGUCUGCGGUGUUAACUUAAUUUACAGCUUUAUUUUUCAUGUCGUGAAACAGGUCGAGUAGAAAAAUAUCUCUAACAACUGGUGGAAGACAUGGGUUAGGUGAAACUUUUUGUGUUUUUGUGUCUGCAAUACCACUAGGGUUCGAUUCGCCUGCCAUUUAAGAUACUGUAGAGAAGGUCUUUGUGUCCUUCUCUACCUAAAAGGAGUUUCCCAUACACAGCUAUUUCUUUCUGUUGCUCUCAGCUUAUUUCCUCGUCAUUUGGUAGUACCAUCUUUCUUCUUUAAUCCCUGCUCCCCUUUACAGAAGACCUAUAAGAAUGAAGGAACGCUUACAGUGAAGGGAAGCCAGUCGAUCCAUUUAGCUCAUGGGUGGCUGUGUGUUAACUGAUCCGUGAAUCCUAUUCAGUCAUUUUCUGAUGGCAGAACAAGGCUUGAGUCUCAAUAGCUGUACUGGCUCGUGACCGACUCCUGCAGAUCUUUGGAAGAAGAAGAAGUGUGUUCCAUUCUCAGUCUGUUGAGCCUGAAGAACUCAAUUGAGUUGACUUUGCCAGUACCUUUGAGGUUAAUGUGGGUUCAGGGAGCAGUGGUUUGGACUCUGAAUUAUAACUAGAAAGAUGUGGGCUGAAAUUAUGGUGGAACUACUUCUCCUGGACUCUCCAAUGUGGUACUUCACUCAUACGACUUCAGUACAAAACCCAGAUGUGUGGAUGUGUACAAAUGGAAGUCACUUCAGAAAAAAGUGUCGGCUAAAUAAUUUCAGAAUUUAAUGAGUGCUUCACACCAGCCCCUGGUGUUCUUUUCUUUAUGGAUGAUAUUCCUUGAAAUCUGGAAAUAUUGCUUGUUCUUUGGGCUGAUUUGAGAGCAUCUAUAUUUAAAAAUGUGUUGCAAUAUUCUAAAUGAGUUCUUACUAAUUCUUUGUAAAGUUUUAUCAAUGCUUCCCUUAAUUUUAGUUCUACAUUUUUAACUCUGUAUCCUAUUACUGUUUGCCUUUUUUAUUGCUUCUCUAUAUAAGAAAAAUGGUGUUAAAAACUACUGCUGUCUGGAUUUUCCUAUUUAAAAAGCAUGCCAUAAUUACAAGAAUGAAUGGGGAAUUGUAUGGCAGAAGUGUCCUGGAAGUGGCUGUUCUGCUCAAGAGGAUUUUUUCUAAAAUAUCAUACCAAAAUGGUUUACCAGCUUAUUACCAAACAUAUUACUUAUUAAAGUUAUUACCAGCAACUGAUGAAUAGAAAAACAGAACAAGGAAAUCUUCCGGGAGAAAAUUGUAUUUAUACAUAGCACACAAAUAAUAAAAUGUCUUAAUUUUUCAAAUGACAGGGUAAAGGUGCUGUCCGAACUCUCUUUUUUUUGGCAUGCCAUAUAAACUCUGAAAUGUAUUUUUAUUUUACUGUUAAGUUACAACGUGCUUUUUAAAUGAUGCGUAUGCUGAAGGAGAUUAUUUAAAAUACAUUAACAUGAAAGUGCAUUUAUUUCUAAGUGUCAAUUGUUUUGGAUGGUUUAUUUUGGACUUCAAUGGGUAUUGUAAAGUUUCGUUUCUUCUCUAUGAACCAUCCCAGAGCAGUGUUAGAAUCUGGAGGCUUGAAGUUGCAAUGAAAUUUCUUAAGCUUGGCGCAAGGUUAAAGGGUAUAUAUUUCCUAUUCCUUUUGGGACACUUGAUGUCUAUUGCAGGUGUCACUGAACAUUCCAGGGAAUUUAUUCAGGGAUCGUUCCAGAGAUUUUUGCAUUUGCUACUAUUUUGAUUACAAUAUCCAGAAAUACAGGUGUUUUAUUUUUUUUGCAUGUCAUUUUCAUGAUCAUUUUGUGGUGGUGCUGCUUUUAUAGGACACACAAUUAUUGCCUGCACAUUCAGGCAACGUGAAAUUCAGGAAACUUGGAGUUUCAUUUUAUAUGCAUUAUUCCAGUAGCUUUGCAAUGCCACUGUUUUUUAAGAUGUUAUACAGUAGCACUUUGGAGCCAGAUGUACUUAUUGUAAUCGUGUUACUGAUCUGAAGGAGAUGUGGUAUUGGCAAGGAGCCCAAAUGAAGUCAAUGUUUCAGGUCGUCUUAAGUCAGUGUUUACAGUGUCUUCACACAAGUGUGUGUUUCUUUCCACUCAUUUUGUCCCAGAAAGAAUGAGGUCACUUUGGCUGGACAGUACCCCAGUACUGGCUAGUAUGUCAUGUCAUCCUUUCAUAUUCUUGAUGCCUUAUCCAGUACAAGGUCAAGGUAUCCCAGCAAGCAACGGGCACAAGGCAGGAGACAACCUAGAUGGGACGUCAGUCUGUCGUAGGGAAGACAGAUUCAAAGACAGAUCCAAUCACAUUAGGGCCAAUUCUUUUAAAUGGCUUUUUAAAUUUAUUUUUUAAUUCCGACUUUAUAGCCCUUUUAACUUUUUAUGCAUUUUGUAUUAAAUAUGGGUUUAUUAUGAGCAGUGUAGCAACUGUGAAGCAAUAUUGACACUGAACAAGCUUUGAAUGUGAAUGAGGUUUAUUCAGAAUAUAUCUUUAUUGUAUUUCUAAUCUAUUUGUACAUUCCUAUGUGGAAGCUGUGAAAUGUAUUGUCAGCCCUUUUAUCUGAUCUAUCCAUGACAAAAUGUGAUUACGAAUCGGUAGUUCUUGAAGCUCAGGUGAAAACAGCACGAAGAGCGAUCUGUCAUUUUUACACCAUCUCUUUCAAUAGAAAUAAAGGAUAUCUGUGUGUUGGUCCUCCUCAUCUCUAUCUUAUUUGCCCUUGGCAAAGAAAUGGAUUUCCUCCGGGUCAGACUGAUACCCAGGUUCUUAAGCUUUGAUCCAGCGGUCAUAUUUGUUAAGGUGUCCUUAUUGGAACUGUCCGUGACAGCUGAGGAGAGCUUAGCAGAGCCUCUCAAAAUAAUUGUUUUAAUAUGCGGUUCUCAGGGGAAAAACAGCACCAAGAAUGAAGUGUGAUGGAAGAUGUUUAACGAGUGUUUUAUUCAUAGUAAAUUUGGCUUAACCCUCUUGGUUAACCCACAGUGUGCUCUGGGAAGAGUUGUGAAACAGUUACCAGCAUUGUUGUACUGAGCUCUUUAAACCUAGGUAUCAUGCAGCUUUUUUUUUACUUCUGAUAAAUUUUUGCUAUACUGUCUGACCUAGGUUCACUGGAAAUAAAUGACCAAAUCAACACUCUUUUUUAAAAAAGCUUCUGACACUCAUAUGAAGCUUAAUAUUCAUUUGAAAUUAACUUGAUUUUUAAUAGAGUCAAGUAGAGGCAUCAGCUACAUUAUAAUAAGAGUUGCAGUUUCUUGCAGAUGUUUUAAAUGUGAUUUUUAAAUUCUAAUUUUGAAGAACAUAUACACAGUGUGAUUUCAGCCAAAAGUGAUUUUGUAUUCUUACAAAAUAUCUCCCAGUAAUUUGUGUAAUCUUAAAAGUUAUUUAUCCUCUCUAAUUUUAUAAACAGAUGGUGUAUUUUUUUAAAUUAGCUAUUUGCUUGAAUUUAUUUUUUAAUAUCGUUCAUAAUAAGCAACAACACUUCUGUACUUGAAAUAGUCAUACAUAUCAUGCUGUUAUAUGAAGUCUUUUGGUGUAUAAUUUAAUAAAGCAGAUAUUAAUUUCCUUUUGAGUUCCGAGAGAAUGCAGUCUUUGCCCAGCUGAAAGCUACUGUAUGGAUCUUGCCAAUAAAAGGUUUUGCUUAA